AUUAAAUAUGGUGGCUGAUAUAAAUUUGAGUUUCUCCGGGCUGUACAUUUCUCUUCUUCUCUCCUUUUUCAGAUUUUCUUGAAAUUUUGAGGUUCUUCAGAGGAACCUCUCUCAUCGCUCUCCGUUCUGGAACGAUUAUUUUUGGUUUAUUAGUUUUCGUUUUCAUGUCAGAGCUUCGAUUUGGUAUUGCAGUUUGAAUCGCAGAGAAGUUAGAUUUUGUGCGAUUUAGAGAAACUCAAAUGCUUGGAUCUGCUGGUUGACAUUAUGUUUUUGGAGCUGGCGCCUGUUUCACGGAAAAAGUUUCACGGGUUCUUUGGGUCAUAUGACCACCACUUCAAGGAAGUCGUAGUAGAAAACGUUUGUAGAGCCAUCUUCUGUCAUCCAAGAGUUUAUUCGAACUUCAGAAUUGCCUCUAUGGGCUGAGAGGUGGAGAAAUGGUUUUAAUUGGAAAAUCCUCAAAAAGAUGGACACACGAGAAGAUGCAGGGCCAGCUGAACAAGGGCCUUCUGGCGCUACUUGGUGGCCCUCAGGUUUUAUUGAAAAUUUUCAGUCUGUUUCCCUGGGAUCUCAUGGUGGUGCUUCACCUAGUAAAGAACUGAAGAUCAAUCUUGCCGAAGAUGAGUUGUCAUCUCAUAAAGCUUCACAAAUCCUCUGGACCACUGGAACUCUUUCUGGAUCAAUUCCUAAUGGUUUCUAUUCUGUCAUUCCGGACAAUAAGCUUAAGGAGCAUUUUCAUAAUAUACCUUCCCCAGAUGAUCUUUAUGCAAUGGGUAUGGAGGGUCUUAGAGCUGAUAUUAUACUUGUAGACUCAGAGAAGGAUAAGAAACUUUCCAUGCUAAAGCAACUGAUUGCGGUUUUGGUGAGAGGAUUAAAUUCAAAUCCGGCUGCAAUGAUAAAAAAGAUUGCUGGAGUGGUUUCUGAUGUUUAUAAACGGCCAAAUUCGGAACUAAGUCCAGCUAAAGCUACAGUGGAGGAAAUGUCUCAUGUGUCAGAAAAUCGAGGUGUCCAGCUGCUGGGGCAAAUAAGGCAUGGUUCAUGCCGACCUCGAGCAAUUCUAUUCAAAGUCCUUGCGGAUACUGUAGGACUUGAGAGUAGACUUAUGGUGGGUCUACCAAAUGAUGGAGCUGUUGAAAGUGCAGACUCAUAUAAGCAUAUGUCUGUGAUAGUUUUUUUGAAUUCUGUGGAACUUCUAGUUGAUCUCAUGCGGUUCCCAGGUCAGCUAAUUCCAUGUUCAACCAAGGCAAUUUGGAUGUCUCACAUUUCUGCAGCAGGGGAGAGUGACUCAGCAGAAAACGACUCAUGUGACUCGCCCCUUGAACCAAACAGUCCUCUUUAUGGUUUUUCAGAUAGAGUAGAUGCAGAAAGUGCGGAGCAGGAUGAAAGCCUUCAACCCUUAUUCCAGCGGAGGCUAGAAGCUUCUUUGAACGUGGCAGGUCCUUCAUUGCGUAAUAUAAUGUUGCGACCAACAACUUCUAUUGAGGGAAAGCUAAGUUUAUCACAUAGUGAACCCAACAUUGCAAAUACAUUUUGGCGACGCAGUCGGAAGAAAGUCAUUGCUGAACAACGAACAGCUAGUUCAAGUCCGGAGCAUCCUUUAUUUCGGGCACGUGGACGGUCCAUGCUAAGUGGUGAUAGACAAUCAUUCAGAGAAUAUUCGGAUGAUAUGGCUUCGUCAAGGUCGGAGGGGGCAUCAACGUCUGAGACUCGUAGAAUAAGGAGGCGGAGCAUUAGCAUUACUCCAGAGAUUGGUGAUGAUAUCGUUAGGGCUGUGCGAGCAAUGAAUGAGACACUGAAGCAAAAUCGACUUUUAAGGGAACCAGCUGAUGAUGGGUCAGUAACAAAUGACAAAAGCAAUUGUUCAGAUCCUCAACAAAAUGGGUCGCUUUUAAUUCUGCUCCCCAAUAAAUGGUACACUAUAUUUGCUCGAGUGAAUAUUAUUUUUAUACUUGCAAAACUAUUCAUCUCCAUUUAUUUGGACUCAGGUUUCUUUGGAGAAGUUUUCCGUGGUAUUUGGAAUGGGACAGAUGUUGCUAUCAAGAUUUUCCUUGAGCAAGAUUUGACAGCUGAAAAUAUGGAGGACUUCUGCAAUGAAAUAUCUAUCCUGAGCCGCCUGCGACACCCAAAUGUUAUUUUAUUUCUUGGGGCAUGCACAAAACCUCCUCACUUGUCAAUGGUAACUGAGUACAUGGAGUUUGGGUCCUUGUAUUAUUUGAUUCAUAUGAGUGGACAGAAAAAGAAACUCAGCUGGCGAAGAAGACUAAAGAUGCUGCGUGAUAUUUGCCGGGGAUUGAUGUGCAUACACCGGAUGAAAAUAGUUCAUCGCGAUCUGAAAAGUGCGAAUUGUCUCGUGAACAAGCAUUGGCAAGUCAAGGUCUGUGAUUUUGGGCUCUCUCGAAUAAUGAUAGAAAAUCCGAUGGGAGAUUCGUCGUCUGCAGGGACUCCAGAAUGGAUGGCUCCAGAACUCAUACGCAAUGAACCAUUCACAGAGAAAUGUGAUGUUUUCAGCCUUGGUGUAAUAAUGUGGGAACUAUGCACUUUAAGUAGACCAUGGGAAGGCGUACCAGCAAUGCAGGUGGUUUAUGCAGUUGCUAAUGAGGGAUCACGGCUAGAGAUUCCAGAAGGUCCACUGGGCAAGCUUAUUGCAGAUUGUUGGGUAGAGCCAGAUGAACGACCAAGCUGUGAAGAGAUCCUCACCCGCUUGCUCGAUUGCGAGUACUCUCUUUGCUGAUUUGAUUUGUGUUUGUAUAGAAGGGACAGAGAGGUGUUUUACUUGGCAGCUUAAGUUGUAAAUUGGUUUUUUUCUUAAAUUUUAUUCAAAGGAAACAUUUCAUUUUUGGUUUCUUGUGGCACCAUGCCGGUAUGCCCCAAUCUCUGAAGAGUGGAUGCCAUGGAAAUUACAAUGUCAGAGCUUCAAAACUUGUAUCAAGUCAAUAAUCGAAAAAGACCUUCGACCGUAA